AUGUCCAAAAUGAACGAUCUUAGUCAUCUGCUUGGAGGGCAUUCGUUGCAAGAAGCACGGGGGAUGCUUUUGAGUUUUUGGGCCAAGUAUCGAGCUCUCUUUCCCCAACACCAGUUGUGGGCAGAGGUGGAGUCCCACAGGAAGACACUUGAUCGGUGUCUUCCGAUCUUCCUACACGGUGACGAAGGCGUCGCGUACAAGAAGGGAGGAGUACUGGUGCUGUCAAUGCAGGGGGCAUUUGGUCAUGGCUCGAGAGCUUCAGAACGGGCCAAACGUUUGGAGGAAAAUUACCGCGCACUUUCAGAUGGAAUUCCUUUGAACUUUUUACGUACUGGCUUUCAAACCCGUUUGUUGAUUUGCGUGUGCCCCAAGGACAUGUACGCUGAAGAUCGACGAGUUUGGAACGCUUUGUUCGAGAAUGCGGUAGCAGACCUUGCCACGGCUCAACGGGAGGGCGUUGAUCUGGGGGGCACGGCUGGGAGAAUUUUUCCCAUCGUCUUGGGAAACAAAGGCGACUGGAGCUAUUUGGUGAGCAGUGCAAAUCUGGAACGGUCAUACAGACGUGCACCAAAGGGAGCUGGAGAGAACGGAGACCAUAAUGUUGAAGGGCCAGGGGUGUGUCAUCUAUGCACAUGCGGCCAGGGAACAGAUUGGGAAGACUUGAAUGCAGCUGAUGCUGCGAUGGACCAGGCCUUUACAGUGGAGCUUCCUGUUCCCUGGGACCGGGAGUCUCCCAUGACAAGGGAGUUGCUGGUGGACAACAGCUGCAAUGGGAAGAACAGGUUCCAUUGCAUAGACCCGUGGCAUGCGCUCCACUUGGGUAUUGGAAAGGCUUGGGUUGCAUCAGGCAUCAUGAUGCUUCAGCACUUGGUGCCAGAGACCCAGGUGGACAAAAGAAUGCGAGCUAUUGGUGCUGAGUAUAGAUCUUUCUGCCGACGGCAAAAGCUCGAUCCAGUGAUUCGAAGGAUUGACAUCCACAGCUUUGGUGGAGGAGGUGCCAACGAAGCCAAUGGCACAUGGAACAAGGCUGCUGUUACAAGCAAUUUCAUGAUGUUCCUUCAAGAGUUUUGCGAGCAAAGAGCUGCAAUGGUGGAAGGAGAUGAACGCCUGCGAAUCUUUGCUUUUGGAACAAAGCGGAUCAACACCUUCAUGCGUGGCAUAUACUCUGGAGAAGUUUUCCUGCCACGUGCGACAGCUGCUGAGCUCAGCAAAGCUUUGUACGAGUUCAUCAAAGCCUACUUGUAUGAGGCGCACGCAUCUGCCCACUUGGGCCUACCAUACUUUCCUCUCUUUCCAAAGCUCCACUUCCUUCAUGAGACGGCCCAUGAGUUGAAGAGGCAAUCAGAAAUAGCAGACUACGCUUUCAAUCCGGCAGUGUAUUCAUGCGCCCUUGACGAGGACUUCAUCGGCAGAACGGCAGUGAUAACUCGCUGCGUUUCUCCACGAAUCAUCGCGAAGCGUACUUUGGAAAGGUACCUGUGCCAUAUCCAGUUGGCAUGGGCCCGCCAUUGA